CUGAUUUUGGUGAGUUUCGCCUUCGCUCUGUCUCUCUCGGCUGUUUUUUUUUAGUAACAGCGGGUUUGGUGCUUAUAAAUGACUUAUACAAACUUUUUUCAACUGUUAACUAAACGCCGAGUUGCAUUAGAGAGGUGAUGCGCUCCAACUGCAUGUAGGUAUGCGGAGCGGCGUGGGCUACAGCGAGUUGGAGGGAAGUCUUCCAGCCAUUGCUUCUUUGAACGCCUCGUAUUCCCAGGCGUCCCUCUCCCUUCCCUCGCCUUACUACUCCCCACUGCCCCCGGGAGAGAGGAAAGCCUUCUCAGAUGUCCGCCGAACCUUUUGCCUCUUUGUUACGUUUGACCUCCUCUUCAUCACUCUGCUCUGGAUCAUUGAAUUAAAUAUCAGUAAGAGUAUAUGGACCAGUCUUGAGAAUGAGGUCGUCCUCUACAACUUCAAGUCAUCUUUCUUUGAUAUAUUUCUUUUAGCUGUGUUUAGAUUUCUGUGUUUGCAGCUUGGAUAUGCUGCAUUUCAAUUGAGACACUGGUGGGUCAUUGCGAUCACUACUCUGGUGACCAGCGCCUUCCUCAUUGCCAAAGUCAUCAUAUCAGAUUUGUUUAGUCAGAAUGCUUUUGGCUAUGUUCUUCCCAUCACCUCGUUUGUGUUGGCAUGGUUGGAAACCUGGUUCCUGGAUUUCAAAGUGCUCACACAGGAAGCAGAGGACGAGAGAGUGUAUCUGGCAGCAGUAAAUGCGGCGUGUGAGCCGGCCCCUCUGAUCACUCCUAGAGCCGUGUCUGACGGACAGUUUUACUCCCCGCCGGAGUCCCUGGCAGGUUCUGAGGAUGAUCUUGAUGAAGAGGGUCUCGGCAGGAGAGCAGUAACUGAACAAGACAAAGAGUUUGUACGACAGGGACGGGAGGCCAUGGCAGUGGUGGAACAGAUACUGACACAAGAGGAAAACUGGAAGUUUGAGAAGACUAAUGAGCAGGGAGAUGCAGUAUAUACACUUGAAAUCCCAUUCCAUGGGAAGACGUUUAUUUUAAAGGCACUCUUGCAGUGUUCUGCAGAGCUGGUGUAUCAGGAGGUCAUUUUGCAGCCAGAGAAGAUGGUGCAGUGGAACAGAACCGUGUCUGUUUGUCAGAUUUUACAGCGAGUGGAUGACAACACAAUGGUGUCAUAUGAUGUAUCUGCAGGAGCUGCUGGAGGUGUCGUGUCUCCCAGGGACUUUGUAAAUGUUCGUCGGGUGGAGCGCAGGCGAGACUGCUACAUUUCUGCAGGAAUGGCGACCAAUUACAUCAGCAAACCUCAGAGUCGCUACGUCAGAGGGGAAAAUGGUCCUGGUGGAUUUGUUGUGUUGAAAUCCAACAGUAAUCCUUCAGUUUGCACCUUCAUCUGGGUUCUCAAUACAGACCUUAAGGGUCGCCUCCCACGUUACCUCAUCCACCAGUCACUGGCCGCCACCAUGUUUGAGUUCAUGUCUCAUCUCAGGCAGCGUAUAAAUGAUGUCCACGUCUCCUACCGGUGAUCUCCGGCUUCGACUCUUUAUCCAGCCACGGUUUACGUUGUGGUAACUUCAAAUUACACUGCGCCAUAUUCAUUCUCCUGUAAACUACAGUUGUCGUGAGGAGAUACAGCAUCACAUUUGACUGGUGGAAGGUUGUUACGGGCUGUCUGAGUGUUUGGCUGCACUUUAUACUGAAGUUAAAGCUGAUAUAGAUGUACUACUACAGCACAUGGACAUGAGGCCGAACUCAUGCUGUCAAAUCACACAAGAGCUAGAAACAUGCACAGGAAAUUGUGUGGUGUGUAAGGGGAAAUGGAUGUGUUGUUCAGCUGUGCCUAAAACCACUGUUGUCCCCCUAGUGAACAUGACUGAAGACUAGGAUGGUUUCUAUACAAUAUUCUGAGCCAAAUCCGCUGCGGUUUCUCAUUCUGCUUUUACUUGUGCCUUAAUCGUUCAUCCACACACAUUCAUACUAAUAUUAAUUAUUGUUUGAGGUCUUAUGCUUUUCAAUUGGCUCUUGUGGCCAAACAUUGCUGCGUUAGAUUAUUAAUAGUAAAUGUAUUCAUCUGUGGUGUAGAUCAGUGGUCUGCUAUGUAUAUGAUAAUUUUGUCUAAUAAUGCAUACGGUUAAGAGUUUGAUUAUUCAGUUAUGUCUUAAAUCAACAUUAACCGGUUAACUAGUAUCAAAACACUUGUAGCAUGCAUAAAAAAUUCUGCUGCUACAACAAUAACAAAA